AUGGCUACAGUGGACCGGACCAACGACAUCCUCACUGAGGAAGAGCAUCGUUACAUCUUUGAGAGGCAGAUGCAAGCACAGGCAGCAGCUAAGGGGAUGCAAGGAGGAGGAGGAGCGAGAGAAGUCCAUUGUGGGGCUUGUGGGAGCAUCUUCGUAUCGGUGUGA